AUGCCCAACGACGACGCGUUCAACAAGCCCUCCGCACCGUCCGAGACCCCGCACGCCCCCGGGGUAGCGCCUCAGGGCAAGUCCGGGGGCUUCGGGAAAGCUUCUGGGGCGCUGAUGGGCGCUGGUGGCGGAUCAGGCGCCGGGGACAGCGAUAGCGGCUCCGGCUCUGGGGCGUCGGGCCUGGGCGCCUCAAGCAAGAAGUCCCCGAGGCUGCCCAAGUGCGCUCGGUGCAGGAACCACGGCUACGCUUCGCCGCUCAAGGGCCACAAACGCUUCUGCAUGUGGCGGGAUUGCCAGUGCAAAAAGUGCAAUCUGAUCGCCGAGAGACAGCGCGUGAUGGCCGCGCAGGUGGCUCUGAGAAGGCAGCAGGCGCAGGAGGAGGAACUGGGUAUCAGCCACCCCAUCCCGCUGCCCAGUGCAGCUGAGCUGCUUGUCAAGAGAGAGAACAACGGUGGCAACCAAUGUCUCAUGAAUGAGAACAGCAGCUCUUCACAGCCACCAGCAGCCAGUACACCCACAACAGCGGCCUCAGAGGGACGCAUGGUCAUCCAGGACAUUCCUGCUGUCACCAGCAGAGGGCACGUGGAGAACGCACCUGACCUGGUUUCAGACUCCACCUACUACAGCAGCUUUUACCAGCCUUCUCUGUUCCCUUACUACAACAAUCUGUACAACUAUCCGCAGUACUCCAUGGCCUUGGCUGCUGAUGCCUCUUCUGGGGAUGUGGGAGGUCCCCUCGGGGGAUCCCCUGUGAAGAACAGCCUUCGGAGCCUUCCAGCGCCUUAUGUGUCUGGUCAAACAGGAAACCAGUGGCAGAUGAAAAACUCGGAGAAUCGCCAUGCAGUGAGUUCCCAGUACAGGAUGCAUUCUUACUAUGGGCCUCCCUCCUACCUGGGCCAGAGUGUGUCCCAAAUCUUCACCUUUGAGGAUGGCCCUUCCUACUCGGAAGCCAAAUCGAGUGUAUUCUCGCCGCCCAGCAGUCAAGAUUCUGGCUUGGUUUCCCUCUCCAGCAGCUCUCCUAUUAGUAAUGAGAGUACAAAGGGGGUUCUCGAAUGUGAGUCUGCCUCGGAGCCCAGCAGCUUCACGGUCACUCCGGUCAUCGAGGAGGAUGAGUGA